AGGACUUUACUGAUACGUCACAUCCUGUGUCAAUAUGGCGGCGCACUAGCAAGUCACAUUAGGACAAAUUUGUCAAAGAUAUUCAUUAAAACAGAGUCGAUUCAUGCGCAUUGUCCGGCGAAAUCAAAUAGAACUUUUAUCCAAGCAUCAUGGUCCAUCUAUCAUCCCUCCUCCUAAAACAGUACCAUGGAGGAUAUGUGGUCAUCCGUCUAGCUCUCGCUGGUCACAAGCAGGCAAACAGACCCUUUUACCGAAUUGUGGCUGCAUUCAACAAAAGAGCCAGGGACGGUAAAUAUAUUGAACAGUUGGGGACUUAUGACCCUCUGCCAAAUAUCUACAAUGAGAAACUCGUGAGCUUCAACUACGACCGCAUAAAGUACUGGAUCGGCUGUGGUGCCCAUGCAACAAAACCUGUGGCCAAGCUGCUCGGUUUAGCUGGGUUCUUCCCUCUACAUCCAAUGACUGUGACAGAAGCCGAGCGCCACAGAGCUCAGGCAGCACAGGCAACACAGACUGAGACCUCCAAGGAAAAAGAAGAAGAGUGAUAAGAAGAGUGAUGAGAAAAGCAGUAGUCUUGUGUGAGACUGUGCUAUGGAAGGACGUCACAAACAAUAUAUUAUGUACAUUUCCAUCUAACAUACUUUGAAGACAUGACCCUAUUCAAGCCUUAAAGCAAUGUUUAUGUAUGUCAUUGCCAAGCUUUAAAGGUGCACUAUGUAACUAUUCUGGGAGAGGCCCCAAUACCUGCUUUUGUCCAUGAUGAUGUUAUUGCUUUGCCUUGAAUGCUCCACAGCAUGGCAUUUAACAUGUGUGUUUCCAUGGAAACAAACAAAUGGUAACGCCACCAGGCAGUUACAGGUCACAUCUGUAGAGAAGCCACCCCGCUCAUGGUAAGCACACAGGUUUUUCAUAGUGUAAUAAAAACAUUUGAAUAGAUGCAAUAGCAAAGCCAUACUCUGUAUGAGGCAAAUCAGCAUUUAUAAUGUUGUGUGGGUUAUCAUGUUUCUGAUCUUAAUUCCUUAAAAAAAUAAAAUAAAAUCUCAACUCUGAAAA